AAACUUUUGAGCCAAGACUUCCAGUUCCCACUCUUCUACCAUCGUUCUGUGCUUCUAACUUCUUAGACAGAGUGAAGUUCCUCGAUCCGGUUGACUAGAGCUUUCAAUAUAAUUCUUGAUUCAUUUAUGUCUCCUCUCAAAUUGUGGCUCCUCCUCCUUGAGCUCAUUGCACAAGGACCUCAAACAAUGCCGCUUCUGUGCACUGCAAACUCCUAAAACACAUGUGAAAUGCUGGACGAACCAAACACUAACAUCAAGAACGUGGACCACAAGCAGUUAUGGCUACUGGGCAGGUUUUUUCCACAGGUUCUAGUGCAAGAAGUCUCUUUCCAAAUUUGAUGUUAAGAUUGUAGCUGCGAGCUGUGUCUGGCUUGAGUGUCGCAGGGAGAAGUACUUACCUAUAGAUCAUCUUGAUUUGUUUUCCAAGUUUAGUAUCUCUACUUGCAUUGUUACAUGACCAAUUGCAUAUUUGUCAUCUUGGAUGUUUUUCAUGUCUAUUGGCUACUGCAUACUGAAACAGCUUUUUUUUUUUUUGAAAUGAUGAGUUUUGUAUGCCAUGUUGAACAUCCUCACAAGUUCAUUUCAAACUACCUGGCCACACUUGAAACACCUCCUGAACUGAGACAAGAAGCUUGGAACUUGGCUAAUGAUAGUCUGCGUACAACCCUUUGUGUAAGGUUCAGAAGUGAAGUUGUGGCUUGUGGGGUCGUGUAUGCCGCUGCCCGCAGGUUUCAAGUGCCUCUCCCAGAGACUCCACCCUGGUGGAAAGCAUUUGAUGCAGAUAAAUCUGGUAUUGACCAAGUGUGUAGCGUUCUUGCUCAUCUAUACAGUCUUCCAAAGGCUCAGUAUAUCUCAGUUUGCAAGGACGGGAAGACAUUUACAUUUUCCAGUAGAUCCGGGAAUCCUCAAGCUCAAUCAGCUACAAAGGAUGUUUUACCGGCAGGCGGCGAUGCUGGUGAUACCAAGGGUUCAGCUGUAAACGAGUUUAAGGAUGAAGUGAUUACUACACCUCAUGAAAAGGCUACAAAUUCGAAGAAGAGGGAAGCUGAGUCAAACAGUCUGCCAAUUGUCGGAGACUCGAGGGAGAAGAAAAGUUAAGUAGGAGGAGAGAGUGAUAGGGAGAAGGAACGAGGUAGAGAGAGGGACAGGGCUAGGUCUUCUCACAGAGACAGAGGCAGAGAUUCUGACAAGGACAGAGAUAGACUAAAUGAUCGAAGUCACCAUCGGUCAAGAGAUAGACUGAAGGAUUUAGGUGGACCGUCAGAUAGAUCAAGACAUCACUCUUCUCGGGACCGUGACUAUCGGGAAUCCUCGCACUCAUCAAAAGACCGUCCUAGGCACAUUAAGUCAAAUCUUCUUGUCACUAAAUCUUUUUCAUCCUUUGCGACCCUUUUAACCAUUUUAAGUCUACUUGAGACGGUUGAUUGUUGAAAGUGAUGCAGAUAAGUAUUUGUAAUAUUUUCAAAUAUCUUAGGGUUUAUUUUAUUAAUUUAUAUAAUUAUUUUUAUUGUUUUA